AUGAGUUCCAUGAUGUUGCGGAAUCCGGUGAAGAUGCGAGGUGUGGAGGUUUACAAGGAUGGGUGGCUUGCUCGCAUUCAGAUUCGCGGUACCCGCUGCCGCUUUGGCAUGUUCGCGAACCAGCAAGAGGCGGCACGAGUGUACGAUAGGCUGUCGUACAAGCUUCACGGAGCGAGAGCCGUCACAAACAGCUCGAUUGACGAGGACACGAAAGCCGAGAUCGAAUCCUCCUCCCUCGAAUCAAUGCUAGCCAUCGUCCCCGCCAUAGAUCCGCAUCCACUCUACGAAUCUGCGUGGCAGGCAGAGGGUGGCGAAGAGGAGGAGGAGGCGGCGGAGCAAUCCAUGAGCUACGACAGCGAAACGACCGCUCCCUCGCCCGAUAGGAUCAGAUCCGACAGAAUCAGAUCCGAUAGGAUCAAUGCUGCUGACGCCGCCCUUCCGGAGUUGCUAGUGGAGGCCGAGAGCCGUAGGCGUGUAAGCAGCAGUAGCGAGCCGUGGGCGUCGCCGUGUUCUCAGGGAUCUGGGAGGAUCUCGCGGUCCGAGGAUUCCUCCUGCGCGUGCUGCGAUACAAGGGAAUGCACUAACGCGUACAAGAGCGGAUCUCACCAAGAUCCCGCGGCUUGCGAGUGGGAUCGUCCUUCUAGGAGAUACCACGGUGCGGCCUCGUCCAACUCGGGGAGUGUACUCGGUAUAACCGGCUCCGAUUCGGGCAGCGACGAGGUUAACUGGAGCAGCGGCAGCGUGAAAAGGUCCGGCGACGGGGACUGCAACGAUGGCGGUGAUGGUGAUGGCGAUGGCGAUGGCGAGUGCCCCGGGAUGUUGGUGUUCACCGUGCGGAAGAAGCGGCGGAUGCGAUCUCGACCGCACACGUGGAGCAACGCCUCUCCGAUCAACGGCUCUCCGAUUAAGGCGUCUCCCAGCAAUGGUUCGGAACGGAUGGGGGGGACCAUAUCUCACGAGACAGUUCGGACCGGGACAGAGAUUUUGCGUGGGGCAGAGAUUUGGAGUGAGGCGAGGGCGGAGCUUCCGAGGCAGGUGAAGGCGGAGCCAUCAGCGUCGGCGGCUAUGGAUUACGAACGCGACACGCACGAGCGCUGCGACGGCGAUUCAGAGCGGAGCCCUCGUUCCCUGCGCGGCCGCGAGUCGCGGAAAGCACGCCUGCCGCUGACCUCCAAGGCUCCAGCAUCAGCGCAACUGUAG